AUGCUCAGGGCCUUCGACCCUCCACAGACCUCAGUUGAAUCCCCAGCACAGGGCGUUGCACAGCUCGACGUAAGCACACCACCAUUAUCAAAUGAGUUCCCACAGAAGCACUACGUGCCAAACUCCAUGCCCGCAUACAGAUACCCCUCCCGCCUGGCACUUCUCCACCGUGUUCCCGGCAAUGUUAUACGAGACAGCCAGCGUGCGCGCCUUGGUCGAGUCGGAGUAGCAGCCCAGACUCUGCCAGAUCGGCACAACGACAUACAAACUGAGCGCGCUGAAGCCGCUACAAACCUGCAAUCCAUCCGCCGGACAAGCAAUGUUACACUGCGACGCGGGGACAGAGGCCGCGUUGUUCAUUAUCGCCGUGCCGCAGAAGCAUUGCGUUCCGAACUCCAUGCCUGCGUAGGUGAAGCCGGCCUGGGCGCAGGCGGCCUGGUAGGUUUGCACCGUGUUGCCGGAGACGAGAAUGGAGGUUUUCAGGGUGCGGUGGUUGGUGUCGUCCGAGUAGCAGCCGAGGGAGCGCCAGCGGAGGGUCGUGUCGAUGCCGCAGAGAUAGCAGUAUACAGAACAGGCUCAUUCGACUGGACCACGGCCGACCCUCGAAACUUUUUUGUCGACUAG